CCUCCCCUGUCCCAGCACUGACACCAGGGCAGCCUGCACAGCACAUGAUGGCUCCUCUGUAGCUGCUGCACUCUGUCCACUGCUCUGCUGCUUCAGGGAGAACACAACAGCCAGGAUCAGAAGUGACACAACAAGCUCUGCUUUACCAUGGACACUGCAUCCAGCGAUCAGGCUCAGUUGCCUAGAAAUAUGAUAGAGAACAGUAUGUUUGAGGAAGAACCGGAUGUGGUUGACCUUGCUAAGGAACCUAACUUAAAUCCCCUGGAGUCUGAAGAAGUCGAAUAUGAACCACGAAGCUCUCGCCUGCUGGUGCGUGGCUUAGGAGAACACGAGAUGGAUGAUGAUGAAGAAGAUUAUGAAUCUUCGGCAAAACUUUUGGGCAUGUCAUUCAUGAACAGAAGUUCAGGUCUUCGAAACAAUGCAGGGAACUAUAGACAGGUUCAGGAGGGACUUUGUCCAGUUCCAUCGGCAAGAACUGUGAUUGUGAGCGUGGUACUUGUUGUGAUUUUAGUUUCUAUAGUUACAGUCAUUUAUUUGCUUCCAAAGUGUACAUUUACCAAAGAAGGCUGCCAUAAGAAAACUCAUCCAAUGAAGAUGAUAUACCCUAUUGCUAUGAACGGAGAACUCUUCCCAUGGACUAAAAGUAGACUUCCAAGCUACAUUAAACCAUUGGCAUAUGACAUUACUCUUUAUCCCAAUCUUACCACAAUGGAGUUUUCUGGCAAAGUUAAUAUUAGGCUCAGUAUUGUUGGGGACACAAAGACAAUUGUACUUCAUAGCUCAGGUCUUCAAGACAUACAAGCAAAUGCCACUUUACCAGGUGGUAACGUUCUUAGCCUUGCUGUUUUGGAAUAUCCAUCUUUCGAGAUGAUUGCUAUGGUUUUGCCUGAUACAUUGAUGAAAGGAACAGAAUGCCUGCUUACCAUUGAAUAUCAUUCAAACUUUUCAAGUUCUUACUAUGGAUUUUACAAAAUGUCAUAUUCUGAUGAAAAUAAAAAAAGGGUGUGGCUUGCAGCUACACAGUUUGAGCCCCUCGCAGCAAGAAAAGCUUUUCCCUGCUUUGAUGAACCGGCAUUUAAAUCCACAUUCCGACUAAAGAUCAAAAGAAGUGAAGAACAUAUUGCUCUAUCAAACAUGCCGAAGAGCAACACAACAGUACUCCCAGAUGGUCUUCUCCUUGAUGAAUUUGAAACCAGUGUAAAAAUGAGCACCUAUCUGGUUGCUAUUAUAGUGUCUGAUAUGAAAAAUGUAACUGCGGAUGUGAAUGGGACAUUGGUAUCUGUCUAUGCUAUACCACAGAAAAUUGACCAAGCGCAGUAUGCACUUCAUGCUUCCAUUACAUUACUUGAAUUUUUUUCGGAAUACUUCAGAAUUAAAUAUCCACUUGGAAAAUUAGACCUAGUGGCUAUACCAGACAUUCAAGCAGGAGCAAUGGAAAACUGGGGUCUGCUUACAUUCCGGGAGACCACACUUCUUUACAAAGAGAACUCCUCAUCACUUAUGGAUAAGCAGCUGAUCACUCAAGUCAUCGCUCAUGAGCUGGCCCAUCAGUGGUUUGGAAACCUUGUGACCAUGGAGUGGUGGAAUGAUCUAUGGCUAAAUGAAGGCUUCGCAACAUACAUGGAGUACUUUGCUUUGCAGUCAAAGUUUCAAGACCUGAAUGCCGAUGAUAACUUCCUGAAAGCGCGCUGUGAUGCCUUGGAAAAGGACUCAUUACAGACGACACAUCCUAUAUCUACCGAUGUGCAGUCUCCAGAGCAAAUAGAGGAAAUAUUUGAUGAACUUUCUUAUAUCAAGGGCUCUUCUAUUCUCCAGAUGCUGAAUGCUUUUCUCUCAAAAGAAGUCUUCCAUGAAUGUAUUGUUAAGUAUUUGCAAGAUCAUAAAUAUGAAACCACAAAGAGUGAUGGCUUAUGGGACAGCAUGAACCUGGUCACUAAAUCUAAUCCAGAUGUGAAGAACAUGAUGAAGACCUGGACUCAGCAAGCUGGAUAUCCUCUGGUGACUGUUCAAAAGAAAGGGAAGGAGGUUUUUGUGAGUCAGGAGCGAUUCCUACGAACUGUAAAUUCCGGCAAUGCAACAGGGAAUUCUAGCACCCUGUGGCAUGUGCCUCUCACUUAUACAUUCGGACCCUGUGAAGGAUCUACGUGUUAUAAUGCCUCCCUACUCAGUCAGAAACAAGAUAAAAUUAUUUUGCCAAGCGAGCCUUCCUGGGUGAAGUUUAACGUGAAGAUGGCGGGAUACUACAUUGUGGAUUAUGGUCAGAAUGGUUGGGACGCUCUUAUUAGUCAACUCCGUAACAAUCACACUGUCUUCGCUGCCAGUGAUCGAGCAAACCUGAUCCAUGACAUAUUUGUCCUUUCGGGUGUUGGAAAGAUCACGCUGUCCAAGGCAUUUGACCUCCUUGCUUAUCUUGUGAAUGAAACGGACAAUGCGCCCAUCAGACAGGUGCUUCAUCAGACCCACAUCAUCCAGAGUCUCCUAGCUAAGCAAGGUUAUAAUUUUCUAGCAGUGCAAUUGGAGCGGCGCAUCUUUGACCUUUUAAGCAAGCAAAUUAAGAAACAGGAGUGGACCGAUGAUGGGACAGUGUCUGAACAGGAACUAAGAUCAUUACUCUUAGAUUUAGCAUGUAAGCAUGGUGAUGCCAACUGCAUUGACAAUGCUACUAAGCUGUUCAAUAACUGGCGAAACAAUGGAACACGUCUCCCGACAGCUGUCAAGAAAGUUGUGUUUAAAGUUGGAGCCCACACAGAUGAUGGAUGGGCACAUCUAUACAGUAUGUACUCUGCAUCAUUGUCCGAAGCAGAGAAGAUCAAAAUGCUGGAGGGGCUUGCCAGCACAGAUAGUGGCAAAAAAUUACAGUGGUUGAUGUCAGACAGUCUUCAUGGAGACGGUAUAAGGUCACAGGACUUUCCCAUUGUUAUCCAUUUUAUCAGUAAGAACGUUCCCGGGUUUCUGCUGGCUUGGGAUUUUGUAAAGCAAAAUUGGGAUGAAAUUACUCAGAAAUUCCUUCCUGGCUCAUUUCCUAUACAAUCCAUUGUGACCCGGACUACUGCUCAUUUUGGCACAGAGGUUUAUUUAAAUGAGGUGAUUAACUUCUUCAAUUCUACUAAGGGUAAAAGCAAAGACAUGUGGUGCGUGAAAGAGUCCAUCGAAACCAUCAAACUGAACAUCCAGUGGCUCAACAAAAACCGUGACAAACUUGCCUGGUUGUAGCUCACCCCAACAAAAUUAGUGUCGGGUGACACACUUACAGGCCACUAAAAGCACAGCUCGUGUCAUACGUCCUGCAAUGUUGUGUGGACUUCUGGAAGGGUUCUUGAUAGCUCAGGGCUAAAAAAUAAAUUCUUUUGUAUGUUUGACUGUUUGUAUGAAGAGAGAGACUGUAUUUAUUACAGAGUUGUGAGAAUCACAAAGUUGCUACCCUGUACCGCACUGUGCCAAGAGUGGCUUCCAUGGUAAAGCAGUUUCUACGACCACUGUGCUUCACCUGCUUGGAGGGUCUAUGUGGCGCGUCCAACAGCACAAAUUCUGUGGAAUUCUAGACUAUCUGCAUAAUAAAUACAGCCAUAUUCACAAUGGAGAAUGGGAUUUGUUACUGGACAGGAACUUCUCUUAUGGUUUCUUACGUUUUAACACUGGACAAACUGUUUGAAAAAGAUUCUAAGAAUAUGUUAAAAGAAUCCAGCUGCCUUUCCCCCCUCAGGUUUUGCAUUUAGCUUGUGAAAAAAAAAAAGCUGCAAGGUCGUUCAUGCCGAAUCACUGCUGACCAGAAUGAUCUUUUUUAUACAGAGUGGUCACGUAUGUUUGUUUGCAGAUUUAAAAAAAAUGUAACGCAAUAGAGAAUGUGAAUUUCUCAGACUAGUAGUAGGCAAUAUAAAUGACUGACUGUUUUCAUGACUGUCUGCUGAGAUGCACUAUGUUUUAUACCUGGCUUGUGUUUUCUGAUAUUGCACUCUCCUGACCUGACAUAAAGGGGUACUCUGGAGGGAAAAAAAAAAUUAGCAACUGGUGCCAGCAAGUUAUACAGAUUUGUAAAUUACUUGUAUAUAAAAAAAAAAUCUUAAUUCUUUCAGUACUUAUCAGCUGCUGUAUUCUCCACAGUAAAUUAUGUAGUUCUUUCCAGUCUGACCAUAGCACACGCUGCUGCCAACUCUGUCCAUGUCAGGAACUGUCCAAAGCAGAAGCUAUCUCCAUAGGGAACCUCUCCUGCUCUGGACAGUUCCUCACACAGACAGAGGCUUCAGCAGAGAGCGCUGUGGUCGUACUGGAAAGAACUUCACAACUUCCUCUAGUAUACAGCAGCUGAUAUGUACUAGAAGGAUUAAGAGUUCUAAAUAGAAAUAACAUACAAAUCUAUGUAAAGUUCUGGCAUCAUUUGAAUCAAAAACAGAGUACCCCUUUAAUGUACAUGCUAAUUGAAUAAGUCCCACGCUACUUGUAUGAUAUCACUUACUUGGGAAGAAGUGCCGCAGUAUGUAUCGAUGUCAGUAAAGGGAAAUCAAAUUGUUUAUUAUUAAAUGACCUUUUCAAAUGGCAAUUUGGCAGCUUUUCUAUUAUUUAAAGUGCAG